GAAGAUAACAACUUAGAAAGAAAUAUUCAGGCAUACAAUUUACAUAUUACGGCAUCAUAUUCACAAAAUUCUAUAUUAUUAUGAUAAAACCAGAAUACUGCACCAAUCAAGGUCACUAGCAUCUCUUGAUCUGGUGGGGAACUUGAAAGAGAUGGAGAGAGGGGUGAUAGGCAUGAUGCGUUACAGACAAAAAAGUCAGAAAAAGGGGAAAGACUUAGAAAGAUAGAGGGCGAGAAAAUGAAACAAAACAAUUAUCGCUGUGCCUGGUGAGUUAGUAAAAGAAACUAAGAAUGAGACAAAGGGAAAGAGAGAGAGAGAGAGAGGGAAAGAGAAAAUUGUGGAAUUUUGAUAUGAGAUAGAUAAAAUAUACCUUACAUCAAGUAGUUAAUGCUAUACCUAAAAAAAACUGUGUCGCCUUCUUAAACACUAAAGUACCAUUUCCCUUAAGGAAAAUGGUUCGUGUCAAAGCUGGCAAUCUAAAGGAUUUUACGUCAUUGUUUGUUUGCUCAAUUAUAAGGGCUGGUCAUAUAUAUAUAUAGGUCUUUGUGAUUGAAAAUACCAUCAGCCUUUCUACUUACUGGCUAACCCCAAAACUAUGCUUUUUCAAUUUUUGCAUGUGUAUCAGUUUUUUUUUAUUUGAUAGGUUACCAUUCCGAUGAGCUUCUAUGCAGGCCUCACGUCAGCUUGCAAUACUAACUAUAUAGGAAACUUCUGAAAGCACAACAUUUCAUGGCAAAAAUGCCAGACAAUCGAUUCGGGAGGAAGCCGUAUAUCAAAAAGGGUAGGAAAUGUAAUGUAGAUCUAUGUUAAUGAGGAUGAGCUGCUGCUCCUGUGAGAAAAGCAAGCCACAUCUCAGAAGAUAACAGAAACUCGGCUCAGAGGCGAUGACAUAUACCGGCGAGAGCUCGGCUGAAAAUGCAAGCGAAUUUGAUUUGUGCGACCGAAGCUUCUAUCCCGCGGCCGUACUUGUAACCCAAGCUCCACGGCUUCACACAAGGAACGAGCUCGCACACAUGAAGCGGACACGACCGCUUGGACUACUAUACAACUUAAUAAUGCAUGUAUGUUAGAGGUAGCCAAAGUGAUGAGUUGAUAUCUACAGUAGAUCGUGUUUAGGCUCCAGUGAGAUACCAACCCUCGACAAGAAUCCAGGUUAAUAUAAAGGAGUUUGUGGUUUCUUUCUUUUAUUCGUGUUUGUUUUGAAUGGGGUAAAGGUCUACAUAGUAAAAGGUCAGCGUGGCAUCAGGGAGUACUUGUCCUCUAAUUUGUCUGUUUUCAUGAAUUUCACUAAGGACACUUAAAUCACGAAAGCAGACGGCACGGUCGCGGGAUAGCAAGCACUAGUGGCCAACUGGGAAGCCACUACACUUCAAGGCUUUUCUUGCUCUUCUUUUAUUCCAUCCGAGGAAUAUACGUCGUAUGUUUUUCCCGUUGUUCAUUUUUUUUCGUGGAAGUAUACCCCAGGAUGCUGAAUGAAUUAAGAAGGAAAAACAAUUUUGUCUCAUAUAUAAUGUAUGAUGUCGAAAUCCUCUCAAUUUACAAGACAAAGUCAUCGAAAUGUAUUGGAUGAACUGUAGGAUAGCAUCACAUACUCGUUAAAGAGCAAACGUUUAUUGUUUAAUUGUUUCGCAUUGAUUCAUCAAGGAGUUAAUUCAUAUUUCUGGUUUAAAGUAAUCACCGCUCUCUUUAAAAUUGGCCUAUAUACUGACGUAUUAAUUCUCAAUGAAAGCUGCACGAAUAACAUAAUAACCCUUAGCAGGUAAACGGAUCAAAAGCUUGGAAAAAUAUCCAUCAACUCCUCUUGGAUCAUUAUGAAACCCUCCUAAAGGAGAAUACAGUGGAUUGUAAAUGUUUCAAGAAUAUUCAAACUGAAGAAAAAUAAUAAAAAUACCUCAUUGUAGAAAUACCCUAUCUUAUUAACGCAAGAGACAGGAAAAAAGUGGAAUCUUCUCUUAAUUAUGACGUCUUUACUUCAAAUUCGACUAUAUUUUGUUUAAGGAAGCAUAAAUGUGAAUUCAGCAUUGUCUACAAAUCAUUUGAACAGGUUGUGUCAUGAAAAACACACUGCUGUUAUCAUGAUUAUAGUCAUAAUCAUAGGAAAAAGUUCAUUCGUUGCGUUCAAAAUGAUGUUACCUUCUGCUUCCCGUAAAAGUGCUCCAGUUGGGAAAGAUUGGUUCUUCUAUUUUUGAGGAUAUCGUAUAAUGAGAUUUGACUUACUUGACCUUUCUUUACGCUGCGAUCGAGUUUGUUGGUUUUGAUCUUCAACCAGCUCAGAAAGCCUGUCACCUGUCUACUUUGCCAAGAGAGUUUACCUCGCUCCCUGUCAGCGCACAAGCCUUGACAUACCUAGCUAUCGAUCCACCUUGGACUGCAUCCUCAAAUGUAUCGAUUCUUGAAGGAUUGCUUACAUCUGCAUUAUAUUAGCAUACUGUUGUUUAUUCCACGAAGCGAAAUUAAUGAUGACACAUUAUCCCUUCUGUUCUCUCUCGGAAUGCAGCCAAUGAAUGAUCUCACUCGAGUGGUUUAUAAAUGCUGGCUCACAUCAUUCUGAGAUAUCAAUGGGAAAGGCGUCGAACAAUUAUUAGGUGUCAACACUUCACGCUCACAUUGCAGUAUAGCUAUCAAAGCAAUAAGAUGAAACUGUGGAUUUUCCAUUUAAUUGUUUAUUUGGAGGCAAGUAACGAUUGAACAUAUUUUAAAGCGCAUUAUAGACAUUCUGCGAGUCUGAUUUUUCAUUUUACCUCUUGAGCUUUCGAAACACCUGCGACAUUCGUGCAAAGGAAGUUACCGAAUACAUUUAUGAGAUAAUUUUGGUGGAUUCGUGAAUCGUUAACGGCAAAACUACCUUGCAGACACCUGCCACAGGAGCUGUAUAUACCAUUCAUUAUAUAUAUAUAUACAAAUUUAUUGGCUGAAUGUCAUUCUUAUAUUUUUCACCCAACUUUAAUAAACCUCAUCAUAUAAGAUGUAAUUUGAACAUGAAAAUUUUCCAUCCGUCACUAUCGGGUAGACGUACCUGUUUCUCUUUAUAAAUCAUCAGUACAUCGAACCUAUCAUAUAGACUUAUCAAGCAGACACAUAGAAGAGAAAGUAAGUCUGUAUCACAAGAUGGGAGAUUUUAUAUGAACUUCACAAGGCACAACCAUCUGCUAUCUUUGGAAGUGUAUGUGAUUAAUGAUCCACACAUUUUUCAUUGCAUUAAAAGUGAUGAUUUCUUCUUCUUUUUUCAACAAAAAGGAACAUGAUAUUCUCCAGCUAUUCCAUUUGCAGAUGCACGCUAUUUAACGGAUUGGUUUUCCCCUUUUUGUUUGUUAGAGGACAUUCUCACUUUCCAGGAGUUCUUAGCACUGCAAGGAUUCGCGUAUAUGAAUGAUUGACCAAAUAAAACGUUAUGAAAUGUUUAACCUACUUUAUGAUCUUUCGUACAUGUUCUUGUCCAAGUAGUUGAUGGACUUAUUUGCACGCUGUUCGACGCUUUCUCAGCCAUGUAAUAAUGAAAUAGGUUACCAAAAAGGAAGCUGAGAAUAUUUCACAUAGAAGUGGUUUCUAAUUUGAUGGGUUUCUUUUCCCCCUUUUCUCUAAAGUAGACGCAAAUGCGAGACGACCUGGGUUCGGAGGGGUCCAAGUCAGACACGGAGGACCGCGGUGGCCGCGUGACUGGGGGCGGCGGUGGCCCAGGGUCUAGUCCUCCCCCUGCGGAACAGAGCCAAAUUGAUGUAGUGCUUAUAGGUGGUCCCGGUGUUGGGAAGACAUCGAUUGUAGAGCAGUUUGCACGAUGUCAACUGCCAUCUCGAUACCGAUCCACCACCAAGCCAUGCGUAUACACCUCCGCUGUUAUCGCAAACGAACAGAUUUAUGAGAUGAGUAUAGUUGAUAUGCCGGUCAUACCUUAUUCCCCGUUAGAUGGGCGUGCCUGCAGGCGGGCUGCCGCGUCUUGCACAUGGGAAGAACUACAAUCCUAUGCCAACGCCAUAGGGACGGCCUCUGUUCUCAUCUUUGUAUAUGACAUCACUGCACCGGAGAGCUUCCAGUACAUCAAGGAUCUGCGAGAACAUAUUCUGGACUGUUUUGAUUCUGAUUCCAUAGGAUACGAGGUACCCAUGAUCGUAGUAGGCAAUAAACAAGAUUUACAGAGAAUGUCAAGGGUACCUAGACGCCAUAUCUCUCAAAUGGUUAGGAAGACGUGGAAAUGUUCCUAUGUGGAAUGUUCGGCCAAGUUCAAUUGGCAUGUUGCUUCUCUCUUCAAUGAGGUUGUUCGGGUAGUAACAGUAGGUGGGAACAAUAAAGAAGGACAGUCUUCGGCAUAUCGGAUACCUCUACGCGCUUGGAGACAGUGCGGGGUGUGUAAUAUAAUGUGAUAUUAAGAAGUGGUCCGUUCUGGUAAGGGACUUGGAGUUUUAAGGAUUAGUUAUGAGGUUAUUCAUUCCAUGUCUCCUUCUUUACACAAGUUAUCUUUUCAUUGUAUUAGGAAGUGAGUUUAGUUUGUCACGGUUUAUUUCUUUACCUUUGUUUUUUCCCCAAAGAAGAAACCUUAUAAAAAUGCGGUCUUAUACUCAUAUGCCAUUAUUGUUCGCAGCGACUCACAACUCUUAUGUAAGUCACUUUUGUAAGUUAUCAGUGAAAACGAUUUGGUGUAACAAGAAAAUGAUAAGGAUGGUAAAAUGGAUCCAGGGAUUGAUGUUAUAAGGGGAAGUUUGGUGAACAUCAAUGUAUCUUUCUCUAACUUGAUAACUUGAAUUGAAAUGUAUUAUAUUUCUUCUCUAUUAAUGUAUUUCCUUCUCCAAAGGUAUACUUAUCACAUAAAUUGUGUAAAUCAAAUAUUCACUUCAAGCGAAAGAAAGAUGAUAUCAGAUUUAUUCAAUGGAUCGUACAUUUUGGAAGUUUUCUAUAACAAUUAAAAAAAAAAUGAUUUUUUGGUGAUUGAACGUUUGUACUUGAAAUCAAUCAAUCAGUCAGCGGUCAAUCAAUCAAUCAAUAAAUCGUGUGCGUACUAUGAUUCUCAUUGUGGAUAGUUUUUAGAUAGUUUGUUAAAACUUAGUUCAAAUGUGCUUCAUACAUUUUCAACCAAAGAGUUCAAUAAAAGCGUAUUUAUAUGGUAUGUUUCAAAAUGGACCAAGAAAUUAGGAUUCAAUGUAUUUGUUAGGUAUAAAAGAAAGAAUUUAAAAUACGAAUGUACAAGUGCAAUUGUCUUUGUUACGUAAUUAUGUUUGGUCGUUGCGUAUAUGAAUUAAGUAGAUUUUGCUAUUGUCAAGUUAAAUAAAAACGCGUAGUAGAAUAGAUAAAAAUCCAAAAGCAAUAUUAUUGAAAUAAUAAAGCACAAUACGUGCAAUUAUUCUUCUUAUUUGUAUCCUAAAACCUCUUAAUAGCAAACUGAAUGAUAGUUUUAGAGUAGGUCGAAUAUAGGAUUAUUUAGCUUGCCCUAAAACUAACGAAUGAGGGUCAUUUCUUUUUAUGAACAUACAACAAUAUUAAGAUGCUUAAUGUAUCAUAAAGAAAACCCCUUUGUAAAUGAGUGUUCAAAUGAAACGGAAAAGUGAUUUCCAUGUUGAAAAGUUCACAUCCUUGGAAGAUGGGCCGACCAUUCACGUAUCUCCUUCGUUCUAUCCUCUUCCUUAGAAAGUUCCAAGUUGGUUGAAUUUGUUAUUUUUAUGAAACUUUUAAUUACUUGAGAUGGAGUCCCAUGGAUCUGGGUAUUUCGAAUCUAGAAACAACUGGAAUAUAAAAAUCCCAAACAGAUUUAUCAUUCAUUUAAGUCUCAUAAUUCAUGCUGAAAUUUUAAGGUCGAGAACCUAAUCCGCAUACAUUCAUAAUUCCGAAGCUUCGUUAUUCCGAAGGUUCGGAUAUUCCGAAGGUUCGUUAUUCCGAAGGUUCAUAUUUCCGAAGGUUCGUAAUUCCGAAGGUUUGUUAGUCCGAAAACGAAUUGAGGUUCGUAAUUCCGAAGGUUCGUUAGUCCGAAAACUAAAUGAUUAACUAACUUUAUUUCGUUUUCGGAUUAACGAACCUUCGGAACAACGAACCUUAUUUCGUUUUCGGAUAAACGAACCUUCGGAACAUCGAACCUUAUUUCGUUUUCGGAUUAUCGAACCUUCGGAAUAACGAACCUUUGUAAUAACGCCACAAAUGUUCGGAUUAACGAACCCUUUUACGUUUUCGGAUUAACGAACAUCGAGGUAUAGGCAAUGUACGUGUUUCGGAAUUACGAACCUUCGGAAUAAAGAACCUUCGGAAUUACGAACCUUCGGAAUUACGAAGUGUAACAGUUAGUCUUAUAGUUAACAUAACAGUUUGUUAUUUAUCACAGCUUAAAUUAAGUCAUUUCAGAUAUAUUCUUCAUACUUUAAAACAUUGGGUUUGAAGCGGGAAAAUGUGACACAUAAUGACCUGAUAUCAAGUGAUUUACAUCUUUUGCCCCGGAAAUGUGUUUUAAUUGAAAAAAAAUAUUCAAUCAUAGUCAAGAUAUUCAAAAUUGAGUUAAUGCGACUAAAGAUCGUUAGAGAAACAAUUUGGUUUGUAAUAUUUUACUUGUGAAUACGUUGUGGAGUGUUACAAACACCUUUUUGAAACACUACCUGAGCUCUGUAACACACAUAAUUUCAAUCAAUUAACAGUUCUGAUUGGUUGAUAAUGUGUAUGUUGAAAAAAUCAUCUUGUUUGACAAUUGUUGUUUAGGGACUGAUUGCUAUGAGGGCAUAUAAUAGGUCUGUGCAUCCUAUUGAUGUGAUUUGAUUUGAUUUGGCAAGGUUCCACAACAUAAGUCGCAUUUUAAAAAACAACAGGCUUGCACAGGAUGACCCACGAAUUCUCGAAAGCUUAUUUCCAGUGGGGUCCUCAAAGCAUCUAAUAUUUUUCGGCCAUCUGUAAUUUGAUAUCAGUUACAAAAAUAAAGUGACCUUCCCCGAUCCCUUUUAUUUGAUAAAUUGAAUCGAUUCGAUUUGAGACAGUAAUGGUUCGAACAAAAUUGAAGAGAGGGAGAUUCGUAACACUUUGUGAUUAAUACAUUUGAGUAUAUUGACAAUGGUUAGCACGAUAUGGGGGAUAAUGGGGGAUAAAUAAAAAAGCCUGGGAUAAGAAUGACGAUUAGUAUCUUUGUGGGUGGGCUCUUUCUUUCCAAUUUCAUAACCAUAAUCGAUUAAACUUGUGUGAGCUGUAAGUUUAAUAUUGUGGUAAUUUCUGACUUUUUCUAUUUAGAUUUCAUGUGAAACAGCAAUUGAUAAAAAGAAUUUGAUAAAAUUAAAAUUGUAGACGAUUCAAUUCGAGAUCAGGCUAAUUUUUAAGGCAGCGCGUACUUCAUUCUCCGAAUAUAAUGUAUUUAUGAAUAUAUAUAUGUAUAUAUAUAUAUUACGCACACACAUAUAUAUUUUUUUCUUUAAGUAAAAUUUAUAACCAAAAUAUUUAUUCUGCCAAAUAAAAUAUAACAAUGCAUGAAAUUUCAUGUAUCCAUUGAUAUUCCCACUGAAGAAAAAGCUUAACCAUGCCCACUUUUGUACAUUUCUUAUUGGCAAACGUUUCUCCUAAAUCAAGAACCACGUCGAAAUGAAAAAAAGCCAGCUUUUGGUCUGACUUCAUGUGUGUAUCGCUUCCUCCAGGCCAGAUACAAUUUUUCUGACCCAAUUCGCGCCAUUUUUCGGUGGCAUUAUGCAUAAAACAAUAUAAUAUUAUGUAUUAUACAUGUCUGCAUGCAGUGUGGUACGUCCGAUGCGCAUAAUAAAUUUUCCUUCCCCCCUAUGGCAAACUAAACCUUUAUUCCCCGUUGUUCAUUCCCAACUACUCGAAAGGUCUUUGAAUCAUCCAUUAGUGAGAGCUAUUUCUAUAGGCCCUAUUUGUGAAUAUUCUCUUAUUUUACCAUGUUUUACUUGCGUUUGUAAGACUAAAGAAAAAUGCUGCAUGUGUUUAUCUUUUUGUGAUGAAUAGUUAGUAUCAUUUUGAAGCUUCAGACCUAUAGCAAUAUAGAUGAUCUAAGCAUGACUUUAUUCAAGCAUCAAUAUGCUUCUUUCCAGGACCAAAUUUUGUUGUAUACUAUCAACAAAUCAUUAUUUUGUCUAAAGAAUCAAAGACUAAAGCAUUGUUACUAAUCACAUUUUGCCCAUGUAAUAUCAAAGAAAGUAAAUGCCUAUAUUUAUGCAUGUACAAAAUAAUGUAGGUAAGAUUUAGACCUUUCUGUCAAAUGAAGAAAAAAACGACUAUUGCAUGGAGACAAAAUUAUAACGCAAUGAAACUAAAUAGAAAGAGGGAAAAGAACAUAUGUAAUGUUACUUAGUAAUGAUAACCCUAAUUUUAGUAGCAUAUGGGAUACGUAAAAAAUUGUGUUCUUCAUGCGAGGCGUUCCCUUUAAGUGCACUCCCGAGUGCACCAUUCCUCUCAUAUAGGAAUUAUGUUAAAACCACACGUCCUCAUCCACAUUCAACUCAUCUUACCCCUCUGUCUUUUUGCUUUUUAUCUGUCCAUCUUUCUGUUUCUCCUUCACCCAUCCUUAUCUCCCCCUCCCCCUCUCUCUCUCUCUCUCUCUCCCCUCUCGAAAUAUUCCUAUCAACUUGAUUUUGUUCCCUUUCGAUCUCCCCCUCUCGCUCUCUAUCUCUAUAGUUCCUGGCUCGCUACAAAUGAAAUUCAAUAAAUCAAAUUCUUGGAGAUAUACGCUAUAAUGGAUUUGUUUUUACGAAAUGAGAAGAUUGCUUUUUUGCGGCGUCAUGUUACCCGUUUAUGGACGCGGGAUUAGUUUGUGUGUAUUAUACUUGCAUUUAAAUAAAGCUUUCUAAAAAUGUGGUGAUUAUGGUGGGUAUUGUUUUUUUCCAGAGUGCUGUUAACGAAUAUAUUAGCUUGGCCUGUAAACAAUCUUAAACCAUAAAUGGUCAGACAAUCUCUUAAUAUAUAUAAGCGUUCUUCACAAUUAUAUUAUAGAAUGCAUAAGUCAAUUAUAGCUUAUAAAAUUCAUCCCACUAUAUAAGCAGCAAUGUAUAACGCACAAUCUUUACUUAAUUAUAACCCAUAGUAUUUGAUCCCAUAUUCGACGAUCUUAGAAUUGUUGCAAGAAACGAACGUAUUUUGCAAUUGACUGUAGACUAAUGUUAGAAAUAUAAAACUGAUAGAAUCAAUAUCCUCUAUAGCCAAUAUAUAUAUAUAUAACGUGGAGAAGGUUUACGGUUCACCAUGUGUAAAAUGAAGAAGGGAAGGAAAUUCAGGCAGAAAGAUUGAAAUGGAAAGACGAGAUAGGAUGAAAAGUAUAUAUAUAUAUAUAUAUAUAAAUAUAUCGAUUGAUACAAGGAGCCGACCUGAAAUAAUUUGCAGAUUGGAAAAUGAUUUGCAAGAUUUAUGAAAGAUUUAAAAGGUGAAUAUCAACGAAAGAACACGUGCUUAUAAACUACCCUCUAAUCAUCAUCCCGGGUAAACUUGACCAUGAAUCCGGGUCUGCUGUUGCCAGAACACAUUACGUGUCAAGAAUAUGACCCGGAAUAAGAUCCAAUCGGUUGACCUUUCCUGGAUUAGAUCUGAGCCUUUCUGUGUCAUAUUGGACCUUAUUCCAGGUCAUUUUAUAUAUUUUUUUUACCUGACACGGGUUGUCGCAUCAUCAGAAAUGGUUUUGGCGUCAAAUUUGACCCGAGAUUUUUCGGAGUGAACUUUGCACAAAAUCCUGUAUCCAAAAGAUAGUUUCUAAAAUGCUUCAUAGAUGAUUAGGCCUACCGUAACGUGACCUGCUAUAUUGAUUUCCCAUGUUUGUUUGAUAGUUUUAUCAUGUUUAUGUUGAAAGUGAGAGCCUUUUUUGUGACAACUUUUGAUGGUAUUAAAUAGAAAUAAUAUUUGAAUUCUUACUUCACUAGAAAAAAAGUGUAUUAAUAAAAGACGAUAGCUGGAACAAUGAA